AGAGAAAUGUUUUUUUCUUCUUUUUUUGUUGAAAUAGAAAUGUUUUUAUAAGGAGUCCAUUGGUCUUUCUUGCUUGCAACAUCUUUCUCUCUCUGUAUUGCGAAACUUGCUCAAGCUUCUUCACUCUUUCUCUCUCUUUCUCUGUAAUUUUAGCUUUCUGGGUAUCCUAUGAAAUGGCAAAAACUUGGAUUGUUGAUUGUAAAGGAAUUGCCAGUAAAGUAAGACAUGCAAACUUAUCUUCAUCUGUGCAGAUUAAAGACUGUGGAGCAAAGCGUGAAUGUCCCAAUUGCCAUCAUUGGAUUGACAAUAGCGAUGUUUGUAAUGAAUGGCCUGGUCUUCCUGCUGGUGUAAAAUUUGAUCCUUCUGAUUGUCAACUGCUGGAACAUCUUGCAGCAAAAUGUGAUGCAGGAGAAGAAAAACCCCAUGCAUUCAUUGAUGAAUUCAUUCCAACACUUGACAUGGAUAAAGGGAUUUGUUACACCCAUCCUAAACAUCUUCCAGGAGCUACUAAAGACGGGUCUAGUUUUCAUAUUUUUCACAAAACUUCAAAUGCAUAUGCUUCUGGGCAGAGAAAGCGGCGAAAGAUUCAUAAUGAACCAAAUGAGGAGAGUGUUCGUUGGCACAAGACUGGCAAGACUAAAGCUAUAUUUGACAAUGGAGUUCAGAAGGGGUGUAAAAAGAUUAUGGUCCUCUACAGAAGCUCUCAGAAGGGAUCUAAGCCUCUCAAGUCAGAUUGGGUGAUGCAUCAGUACCAUUUAGGGUAUGAAGAUGAUGAAAAAGAAGGUGCUUUUGUUGUUUCAAAAAUAUUCUACCAAAAACCAAAACAACCUGAAACUGAUGACAGUUGUGUAGCCACUGUGGAAGAGAACACUAAUGCUGUGGCAACUUUGUAUUGUCCGAAGACUCCGAUGGUUCUUACACGCAAUCCUCCUAGGGAAAAUAUGCUCAUUGCUGCGGAGGAUGAAAAAUGUACAAAGAUAGAAACUUGUUUCCCUCAAUCCAGCUCAGUGUAUGAAGGAGAUGUCAACAACCCUCCUGAACACCCGGCAGGGGAGUCUCAGGCUCAAGAUCAGGAUCCGGAUCCGAACCUUAAUGACAUUGAUGAUCCAUUGUUCUGUAACGAGAUAUUUAGUUCUUGUGCUCCACUUGAUGACAGCAUUAGCCUAAAUGACUUGAAUGGAUAUAUUGGAUAUUAUGAUAAUCUUGAUAACAUACAUCUUGAUUCCCUUCCUGAAUUUACACUUGCAGAUUUACAGUUUGGUUCUCAAGAUAGCACACUUGGUUGGUAGUAUCAAAUUGGAAUGGGAUUCCCAAAUUUUGUGAGGAUGCCUUGAGGGGACACCAUAUGGGAUUUCAGUCCAAUGUUUGGAUUUACCAAAUCAUAUUCGAUCUUUUGAGGCACCAAUACAAGAUUUUAGACGGUGCCAUAUAUGACUAAAAGACUGCUGAAGUAUAUGGCUGCACCCCCUUUUAUUCUUGUGUUUAUGCCUCAAAUAUGUCAAGCAACAGGAAAAAAAAACGUUUCAUUUCUUUCUGCCUGUAUGUUGAUUAUGUAUCCUAACUUGUGAACAAGAUUGUUAUGCUGUUAACUUAUUGUAAAUACAUAUUCCAUGCUUUCAUGAC